AUGGCAAACACAACACUAUCAUCACCGCUUCGGGGGGCUUGCCCUGCACCAUUCUACGAAAGGUCAAAGUUCGGUUUGGACGGCUUCGUUGACGGAAGGUUUUGCGCACCCGUCGAACAGAUCAAGAAGGGCCUUUACUGCUGUCUACCGUGCCCAAUGACAGAUUACCUCUAUCCUCCUGAGUUCAAUACAUGGUACCGCGUGGCCGAAGCUCUCAACGUAGCUGGCCUGAUCUGUUUGUCCUUUCUUUUGAUAUCCUUCGUCGUGUUACCGGCCGAGAAAACCCGACGGCACUAUCUAAGCUACUGUCUGAUUAUUGCGGCUAUCUUUAUGGCGCUUGGCUUUGUGAUCCCUUUCGGGGCGAAACCAGAGCAAUGCUACGACGAGAUUACCCCGCACGAUAUGUACUCGAGCCUGACAUGCGCCUUUUCGGGUGCCUUCCUCAUUUCUGGGGGCUUGUCAAUGGCAGUGUGGAUUCUUAUCCGGGCUCUAUCCAUGCACCUUCAGAUUUGUUGGGAUGUGACUCCGGGAAAGAAGUUCUUUUACUGGGCGCAAGGUCUGGGUUGGUCGGUCGCUGCUACCUUUUUUACGAUAACAAUUACGAUCACCGGAGUGUCAUUUCGAUUUGGAGAUGUUUGCCACGUCAACGCUGCGCACUCGAUGAAGGAUUUCUGGGGUCCCUUACUGGCCAUCGCUGGAGCAGCUAUGGUCAUACAAAUCGCAACUUUCGUGUAUUGUAUCAAGGUCUACCUUCAGAACAUGAUGAGCGACGAAAAGACCGAGACGCAAAGUAGUGCGGGCCUGCCCUCUUACACAACGAGUGUGCGAAAUCGGUCUGCACGAGCUGUUUACCGACGUGUCCGCAAAGUUCUCUGGCUUCAAUGGAGAGGCAUCACUAUCGUUGUCUUCAUCCUGGUCGACGUAAUCUUCUUCUCAGUUGUCUUUAUCUGGUUAAAUUCCCUCACAACCAAAGCCCAGAAGAACGUGGACAAUCUCAUGCCAUAUUUGCUUUGCCUUAUCAAGAACCCCACAAAGCCGGAGCCAUGUUUGCCCCUCGGCCAACAACUCGCCGUCGAUGAGUCGACGGUCAUUGCCAUCUUGAUGAUGCUCUCUAUUGCUGGUAUCCAAUGCUUCCUGCUGCUUGUUCGAUGGAGCAUGUUGACCGGGUGGUGGGAAUUCUUCAGGGGCAAGUUCAGCAAGAACCGUGAAUUCGUAUCGCUGGACGCAAAACACCAUACCGAGAACCCACAACAAUACGAGUUGAAGAAAUUCGAGCCACAAUCACCUCCAAGCGCUCUCACCGCUCCCGGAAUUGCCAGCUAUGCCAAUUUUCGAUCAGACACACCCGACUACUUCUCCAAAGAAACCCAGCGAGAGUAUCGAAGUCCCACCUUGAGCUUCUCGACUCCACGACCGCAGUCUCGAGCAACGACUCAGGUAGAAUGGGACCCUAGGUCAUCGCAUGCAAGAGGUGGACUUGGUUUGCACCCCCUGGACUUCGAAGAUAAGAUAUGA